CCUGCCUCAGGAAAGCCUGGGGGACCUCAACUCUUGAGUCUUAAAGAGGGCACCUCCCGGUGGCAAGUGCUGCCCACUUUCGGCACCAUGAGCACCACCACCAGCCCAGAAGCUGCCCCCAAACCAAGUGCCAAGUCCAUUUAUGAGCAGAGGAAGCGUUACUCCACUCUGGUGAUGUCCGACGUUUCCCAGUAUCUAGUCAAUCACCUGGUGACGUUCUGCCUGGGCGAGGAGGAUGGCGUGCACACCGUGGAGGACGCGUCCAGGAAGCUGGCCGUCAUGGAUAGCCAGGGCCGCGUCUGGGCCCAGGAGAUGCUGCUGCGCGUGUCUCCCGACCACGUCACGCUGCUCGACCAAGUCUCCAAGGAGGAGCUGGAGUCGUACCCGCUGGGUGCCAUUGUGCGCUGCGACGCGGUGACUCCGCCGGGCCGGAGCCGCUCGCUACUCCUGCUGGUGUGCCAGGACCCCGAGCGCGCGCAGCCCGACGUGCACUUCUUCCAGGGCCUGUGUCUCGGGGUGGAGCUGAUCCAAGAAGACAUCCAGGGGGCUCUGCACAACUACCGCUCUGGCCAUGGGGAUCGAAGGGCGGCGGCGCUCAGGGCCACGCAGGAGGAGCUGCAGCGCCGCCCCUCGCCCGCCGCGGAGACCCCGCCCCUGCAGCGCCGCCCCUCGUUCCGCGCAUCGAUCAGCACCGCAGAGUCGGCCACGGACCGCGGGCGACCCCAAGGGGAGCCCAUCCCUGAAGCGGAAGCGGCGCGGAGGCCCGGCCCGGCGGAGACCUCCAGGAGCGCCGACCCGGCCUCCCCGGACCUGGGCCCCCGCGGCCCGGAUCUGGCCAAUCUGCAGGCGGAACGGGACGUGGACAUACUGAACCAUGUGUUCGACGACGUGGAGAGCUUCGUAUCGAAGCUGCAGAAGUCCGCGGAGGCGGCCCGAGUGCUGGAGCAUCGCGAGCGCGGCCGCAGGACCCGGCGCCGGGAGGCCGGGGAGGGCCUGCUGACGCUGCGGGCCAAGCCGCCCAGCGAGGCUGAGUACACCGACGUGCUUCAGAAAAUCAAGUACGCCUUCAGCCUGCUGGCGCGUCUGCGAGGCAACAUCGCCAACCCCUCCUCCCCAGAGCUGCUGCACUUCCUGUUCGGACCUCUGCAAGUGAUUGUAGACAUGUCGGGCGGACCCCAGCUUGCGAGAGGCGUGCGGCAGCCUCACCUGACGUCCGAGGCCGUGGCCCUGCUGCGGGACAAUGUCACCCCAAGUGAAAAUGCGCUCUGGACCUCGCUGGGGGACUCGUGGACCCGCCCGGGGCUGGAGUUGCCCCUGGAGGAGGGACCCCCAUACAGCCCCGAGUUCUACAGCGGCUGGGAGCCCCCGGCCACAGACCCGCAGGGCCGCCCCUGGGAAGACCCAGUAGAAAAACAGCUACAGCACGAGCGGCGGCGCCGGCAGCAAAGCGCCCCCCAGAUCGCUGUCAAUGGUCACCAAGAUCCGGAGCCAGAAGCUGAGCCCCAGCCGGAGCCGGAGCCGGCGGGAAAGUGGGUCCUAAGCAAUUAUGACUUCCAGGCCCGCAACAACAGCGAGCUAUCGGUCAAGCAUCGGGACGUGUUGGAGGUCCUGGAUGACAAGCGCAAGUGGUGGAAGGUUCGGGACCACCAGGGACAGGAGGGAUAUGUGCCCUAUAAUAUCCUGACACCCCACCCAGGGCCCGGGGGGAGCCGCAGCCAAAGCCCUGCCCUCAUUCUGAAUAGCACGCCCCCUCCCCCACCGGCCCCGGCCCCGGCCCCGGCCGUGGCUCCUGCCCCUGCUCGGCCCCACUGGGACAGCUGCGACAGCCUCAACAACUUGGACCCCAGCGAGAAGGAGAAAUUCUGCCAGAUGCUCAGUGUCAACGAGGAGCUGCAGGCGCGCCUGGCCCAGGGCCGCUCGGGCCCCAGCCGCACAGCCCCGGGGCCCCGCGCGCCGGAGCCGCAGCUCAGCCCGCGCUCCAACGCCUCGGAGGUCCGCGCCUGGCUGCAGGCCAAGGGCUUUAGCUCCGGGACCGUGGACGCGUUGGGCGUGCUGACAGGCGCGCAGAUCUUCUCGCUACAAAAAAAGGAGUUUCGGGCGGUGAGCCCGGAGGAGGGGGCCCGCGUGUACAGCCAGGUCACCGUGCAGCGCGCACUGCUGGAGGACAAAGAGAAAGUGUCAGAGCUGGAGGCGGUGAUGGAGAAGCAAAAGAAGAAAGUGGAAGGACAGAUAGAGACAGAGGUCAUUUGACCCUCCCCGGCCCUGUGGUAGAAGUGUCCAGGCAGCGGGUUUCCCCGCGCCCCGCGGGAGAGUGGACUCUGCAGGCCUCCCACCAACAGACCCCUCGAAGGACUGCGGACCUGCGCCAGCUCCGGUCGUCCCCUAUCGCGGCGGAUAAAACGGACCGUCCCUGCUGGAGUGGCCUGAGCGAGGACGGGCCGGGAGCGGGAGGGGUGCAGGGGAAAGACAAUGUAAGGACCCCGCUUGUGGCGCACCCCGGGAGAGGGCACACCUGGGAGCCCUGCUGAUUGUGAUGUUGCCCAGUCUAUAAACAGCUUCCUCUUUAA